AUGUUAUCGAGGCCGGCCUGGAAGAAGGCAACCUCUGCUGCUCCAGUCUCACUUGGCCAGCUAUGUGGCAAGAGGCGGAAAAGCAGCUCGUCAACACCGACUGCACCCUCAACUCACGUGUCCACCCCAAGCCGUGGCAAAAAGGGCGGUGAAAGCAAGCUCGCCGACAUCACGAGUCUGUACUCGGCAGCUUCUCGGAACGAGAAAGAGAAGAAGUCUCAAGGAAGAGACUUCUUGGCCUCGGUGCUCGCAUCCACGCCUACAAAACGUGAUGCGAAGCUCUACUUGCAAACCUUCGGCCCUUCUGUUCAGGGCGGGAAGGGCAAAUCCCACAAAGAUGCCAAGGUGACCGAGUCCCCCCAGAGUCAACUCUCGUCGGGGGUGGGUCGGGCUGCGGUUCCUGGUGAGGGCAUCCGUGCCAUCAAGGAGAGCCCAAAGUUCAUCCAAGGAUCCCGAGCCGAACCCUCUUUGCCGCCUGAUGAUGUGCCUCACAUAGCUAUUGUCAAGCUCAGGGAACCUCAGUCCUUGGACGACGGUACAUUCAGCGAACUGGCAAAAACCCUGGCUCAGCUGAGAGCUCUGGGUUUACCCAGCAUCGUCGUCGUGGCCUGUGAUCUCGAUCCUGCCGCCCGGCCUGACUGGUUCGACUUUGUGAAUCACCAAGCUCUACGGCUCGCAAGAGCAAUUGAUGCUUUUGAUGGCCCGCAGACAAGAGUUGUCGACUCGUCGCUCGCCAUAGAUACUUCGAUCGCGAAAUCAGCCUCCCCAUUCGUCCCGAGCGGAGUGACGGUUCAGCUAGAGAAACCUCUUCUCGGGACGCUGAGCCGAGGAGCGAUCGCGGUGAUACCUUCGUUUGCCAUAUCCACGGACCGAUGCGAGGCGACGGUGCAGAACUCGAACGAUGUCAUCCUGGCCCUGACCCGGUUUUUCUGCGGUUUGCAGUUCUCGGAUAGGGGCACUGGAGAGAGCACAGGCAUAGGACAAGACAAUUCGCGGGCGAAGAAGGCAGCCAUCGACCGCGUGAUCGUGAUUGAUCCGCUGGGGGGCAUCCCGGCCAAGCAUCGGCCGAACGGGGCUCACGUCUUCGUCAACAUGGAAGAAGAAUUUGCUAUUGCCAAGGCGGACAUUGACAGCAUUGUCAAAGUCAACAAUCAUACCCUAGGAAGUGGUCUGUCUGCGAGGCAGAUCGUGGAUGCAGUCAAGCAGAAACACAGGGAGAACUUGGAGCUCGCAAAGAACACGCUUGCACUCCUGCCGUCCACCUCCUCGGCGGUGAUCACGACCCCAGCAGAGGCUGCCAACCUCCUCGCUCCAGAGCGCAGUACCGACGAGGCUGGCGUCUUUGGAUACGUGGGCACGGUCGGCACGAGGAAGAGCCAAAACCCUCUGAUUCACAACCUUCUUACUGACCGGCCCGUCUAUUCGUCGUCCUUGCCUCUGGGCAGAGUCAAGCCGAAAACCAGGAGCACUGAUGUUGAGCCGCCUCGUCUUUCAUCGACAACUCUGCUGAAGCGGGGGAUGCCGGUCACUAUCUUCCCGGAUCCACGGAUCCAACCCUGGGUUCCUCCCCGCCCUGGAGGACCUCGGCUACGACUGACUGAUACAUGUGUUGACCUACCUCGCCUGGUACACCUGAUCAAUGACUCUUUCAAUAGGGAGUUGGAUGUUCAGCACUACCUCUCUCGAGUCCAGGACAGCCUGGCCGGUGUCAUUAUUGCCGGUGAGUAUGAAGGAGGCGCGAUCUUGACCUGGGAGAGGCCCUUUGGGAUGGAUGAGGAGACCGCCUAUGGGGAAGGCCGGCUGGUUCCAUACCUGGACAAGUUUGCCGUGCUGAAGAAGAGCCAAGGUGCUGGGGGCGUGGCGGAUAUCGUCUUCAACGCCAUGGUCAGAGAUUGUUUCCCCGAGGGUGUGUGCUGGAGGAGUAGGAAGGACAAUCCUGUCAACAAGUGGUACUUUGAGCGGUCGAGGGGCACGUGGAAGCUGGAUGAUACCAACUGGGCCAUGUUCUGGACGACGCCCUGGUCUGCCGUGGGGGAGAGAAAGAUCUGGGAUUACGAGGACGUGUGUCGCAACAUUGCGCCGUCCUGGGCAGACAAGAAGAGCUAUGUGGAUUAG